AUGUGGAGUGACUGGCAAAGCGCAUGCUGUCGCCGCCAAACAACAGGUAGCAUCCAAGCGCUCAUACCACCUCUUGUCAACUCGUGGAGACACGGCUCCUCGCUGAUCCUCACGGCUCCUCGCAGCUCCUCGUGGCUCCUCGUGGCCCCUCGUGGCUCUUCGCGGCUCCUCACGGCUCCUCGCAGCUCCUCGUGGCUCCUCGUGGCCCCUCGUGGCUCUUCGAGGCUCCUCACGGCUCCUCACGGCUCCUUUCUGACUCUGGGUUAG